AGUUCUUGCAACAACACCGUCAUUACAAAUCAACUUUGGAAGUCUUCCGACUGACGCCUGAUACAUUCAACAAAAGUCUCGAUGAAUUGGUGAUUUUUCUUGCACAGGUCUGAGCAGCGUUUUGUCAAGUUGCAUUGGGAUCAGCAGUGUUGUAUUUUGAGUUGAUAAAGCAUAAAGACUGUUGCCGAAAGCUUUAAUAGAUAGUUGCAGAGUAUAAUUUGUACUCUUUCAAUUGUUUAAUAAGUGUGUUUGGACUAUUAAUAUUAAUAAUGAAGAAAACUAUGGAAAAAUGCCUGAAAUCUCUCGGACAGAAAAUAAUAUGCAGAGACAAUCUUAUAAAAUGCUUGUUUUCUCUAAUUGGUUUUUCAGAUGAGGAAAUGGUGCAAAGCAUUUUUGUAUAUGGCCAUACAGCAAGUGGCAAGUCUCUGGUUAUUGAAUCUCUGUUGGCUUACCUUAAAUAUAAUGUUUGCAUCAUCAACUGCGUUGAAUGUUACAGCAGUAAACUCAUCUAUGAACACAUUUUAAAUGACUUGUCUCUGCAUGAAAUGAAUUCGAAAAAUAAUUUCACAGUUUACCAGAAAUGCGAUAACAUGAUGGACUUUAUUACUUACCUACAAAUUGCAGUACAAAACGAUAAGCGUCGUAUAGUUAUUGUGUUUGACAAAUGUGAUCGGCUGCGCGAUAUGGAUGUGAAUUUAUUGCCUGCGCUUGUGAGGCUGCGAGAACUGACUGGUUUGGAUCUUUGCACAAUCUUUGUCAGUGACAUUGUUUGGGAAAAGUAUUACUCAAAAAAUGGUUUAUUGAAUCCUAUUAAAAUUCACUUUCCACAGUACACACGGGAGGACAUGUUGAAAGUAUUAUUUUUAUACAAGCCUAAGGAUUACGAGGAUGGAUUUUACGUGAAUUACUUAAAUUUAUUUUUAUCUGUGUUUCUUAGAUGUUGUAGAGAUUGUAAUGAGCUACGGUACAUGGCUAAAAUAAAUUUUGAUAAAUAUGUUGAACCUGUUGAAUCGGGUAAAAUUGAUAAGAAUGAUGUACGCUCUUUGUGGCGGAAUAUAUCUGGAAUUUUAAAAUCAAAUUUAGAAGUUGUUUAUCUUAGAGUGUCUACUGAUGAUUCUGAGCAACGUACUAAAUUGUGUCAAGAGAUUGAAUCUACAACAAAAUUGGCUUUGAGCUUUGAACUGCCGUUCUAUGCAAAGUACAUGCUCAUAGCUGCUUACUUGGCUUCUUAUAAUCCAGCCAAAGAUGACAAACGCUUAUUUGUCAAACGUAGUAGUAAAAAGAAAAGGCGAAACACUGUGACUAAAAAACCUGCCAAACUUAACACACAGUUAGGGCCAAAGGCAUUUACUUUGGACAGAAUGCUCGCGAUAUUCUACGCGAUUCUUGACGAAAAAGUAGGAUUGACUGCCAAUCUAUUGGCACAAAUACCCACCAUGUGUCAGUUAAGACUAUUGAGCAUAGUAGGUGAUAAUAAUUUAGAUGGUCCCAAAUAUAAGUGUUGCGUCAGCUAUGAUUUCAUCGUUAUCAUUUCUAAGACAGUUGGGUUCAAUGUUAGGAAUUAUUUGUAUGAUUUCAUUUAAUGUAUGUAUUUAAUGUGGACUUGCCAGUUUUCAUGUUUCUUUUAACUAUUUUCUAUGAUUAGUGGGAACAUAAUAUUGCUG